AUGAACUACAGCGUGAGCGAAACAGAAGAACUAAAGCCUACGGCCCGGCAAAUUGUAUCUCCAGUCCAGCCAAAUCCACCACCCGGAAACCGUCCACUGUGUCGCCUUCCCACCACGGGUCCUCACCCCGUCGUGCCCGUCGCGAGGUCCGACCGGAUCGCGCAAAUCCAAAGAUUCAUGGGCCUCAUCGCCGUCCACAUCGUGUUCAUCGCGGCGGUCGCGACCCUUUUCGGCCUCUCCGCCUCUCGCGACGGUCUGUGGAAGGUCAAGGAUUGGAACUACAUCAAGGAGACCCAGGGGCGUUUUGUCGACAGGUCGCUAUGGUGGACCGCCGUGCCAACCUUCUUCUUCAGCGCCCUCGGUCUGUACAUGAAGCGGUGCUACGACGACGUACUCGAACUCGAGCCCUUUUUGCGCCUGCACCAGAAACCCACCAGCGGCGCGAGCUCCGUCCUCCUCAAUUACCGCUCGAGCUUUGCGCCGCUCGCCAUGAUCAAGGCUGCACGCCAUCGCCACUGGAUCUCGGGGCUCGCGCUGGGUCUCACUACCUUUUUCACGAUGCUUCUGGUCCCGCUGUCGUCCCAUCUUCUCGAGACUAAGCUCUACCAGCAGCGUGACGAGGGGCUCGCCUGGCAAACCACCAACAUUAACCUGGCACGCAUGAGCGGCAACGCCGACUUCAACCGCGCCAUCGACAUCACCUCCGCCCUCGGCAUCUACAAGGGGGCGGCAACGUCUUUUCCCAAUGGAUGA